AUGGCUUGGAACAUUCUGGCUAGUCAGUACAAGACAGGAAACCUGUGUCUUUCUUUCCUACAAGGCACGUUCCUGAUGGUUCAACUAGAUCUCUCCAAUGGCCGGUCAGAUCGAGGUUACAGUAGUGUCGCUCUGGGACUUCGAGCACUACAGUCAGGGGGCCUGAACAGAAGCGAUGGCUACACAUCGCUUCAGGAUAAAGCAGAUCAAGAGGACUGGAAGCGCAUCACGUGGGCGUUUUUCAUGAUUGACCGCAAUUAUAAUGCCUCCCGCAACUAUUCGAUCUGCCUGAGAGACAAGCACUUCACACUACCCUUUCCUUCUCCGGAUGCAACUGGUUCAGAUCAUGAAGGGCCAACAUCUUGCGGAAGACUGUACGAUGCGCCUGGGAACCUAGGAAAAAAGGUAGAUAACGGAAUUAUGGCCUGUCUCAUCCGCCUUUCCUCGAUCUGGGGCAAGCUCACAGAGUACGUCUUCGAGCCUUCUGAUGCGGAUAAACUACCCCCAUGGCAGUCAGGCUCGACAUUGGCAGGGCUAGAGUCGGACUGGAUGCAAUUCCAAACGCAUUUUGCGGAUACGCACCGCUACAUGAACGUUGAUUUUCGACGCCGAGCGCGCGAGGAGCCGGGCUCGCGUACUUACUUGUCUACCUGGCUAUGCGUUCAGUUUCUUUUCCAUUCGGUACAGGCGUUGCUGCACCACCCAUUCGUCAUCACGAGUAAGCUUCGCCAGUACGGACAAAACAUACCAUCUACCUUUCUGCAGAAAUCUCACGAGAGCUCCGUCAUCCAUUCCAGAUGGAUUGCCCGGUUUGUGCGGGAAAUGGCCGAGGUGGACUUCGAGCUCUAUGACCCUUUCAUUGGGUACCUCUGCGCGAUUGCGGCCACGAUCCAGUUGGAGCAUACGCAAAGUAAAAAGCAGCAAGUUGCCCGCCUGGCCAAGAACGACUACAAAACACUUGUGGCGUUCGUGACAGGUUUAUCUGCGUACUGGGGGAACAUGAGAGUAUUGGCCGAUCGGUUAAACAAAAUUGCUGAACGACGCAAGGACUACGGUUCACUGUAUGAUAAUCAGGGAGAGUUCUCCGGUAUUCUUCCCUGCAUGCCAGCCUCAUCUGAUUUACCUCGCAUGUCCGCUGAGGACGAGGCUCUGAUGUGGGAUAUUCUUGACUUUGGUACAUCCUGCAGUUUUGCCAAGGUAUCUAUAUUUGAUGCUUCCUGCUCUUCGCCCGAUCAGCAUAUGGAAGGUGUGUCUGUUCUGCCGCCUCUUGACGACUUCUUUCCGACAGGACAUGAUGUAGUAGGCGAGGUGGUGGUCAAUCAGCAAACACCCCGAGCUCAAGAGCAUCAACAGGCUACAAACUCUCUUGAUCGCAUUCUUCCACCGGAGUGGCCGAUUUCAGAUACUGAUGAGAUGGGAUUGACAAUGCCUGAUGUUCCGGACUGGAUGCUCUUUGGAGGUUACCUGCCGGAGCAGUUGUAA